UUGUUGUUCAUCCGAUCCCCUCCCCUUGCGCUCUUCACCGGUCUGUUCACCGUUCACCGCUCGGCGAAUGCAUGGCAUCUUUCUCCAUAACACAACACGUGAACGGCGAGGGGGAGCGAGACCAUCGCAUGUCUGUGAUCGCCUCGGAUGAAGCAGGGGUCUCACUAUUCAAACAGCAUGAAAUAAUUUCAUUACGUCUGGAAAGACAGGAUGAAGUUACGCAUCUUCGGUCUUUUGCUCGUAAUUGCAGUAGCCGAUGCAACGAUAGAGGCUCCUGAAGAGUUUGUCUCAUUGGCUGAGAUGGAAGACACUUUGUUGAGGAAUCUUUUCCGAGGCUAUCAGAAGUGGGUGAGACCUAUCCUCCAUGCCAAUGACACUAUUACUGUUCGCUUUGGACUGAAGAUAUCACAGCUGGUGGAUGUGGAUGAAAAGAAUCAGCUGAUGACUACUAAUGUCUGGUUGUGGCAGGAGUGGACAGACUAUAAGCUUCGGUGGAACCCAGAAGAUUAUGGUGGCAUCACAUCUAUCAGGGUUCCCUCAGAAACGAUCUGGCUACCAGACAUUGUCCUGUAUGAGAAUGCUGAUGGCCGUUUUGAAGGCUCUCUUAUGACCAAAGCCAUUGUAAGAUUUAAUGGUACCAUCAUUUGGACUCCUCCGGCCAGCUAUAAAUCCUCCUGUACCAUGGAUGUCACCUUUUUUCCUUUCGACAGACAAAACUGUUCCAUGAAGUUUGGCUCUUGGACAUAUGAUGGCACUAUGGUGGACCUGACACUGUUAGACCCCUAUGUAGACCGUAAAGAGUUCUUUGACAACGGCGAAUGGGAAAUACUGAACGCCACCGGACAGAGGGGCAGUCGGCGCGACGGCAUUUAUUCCUAUCCAUACGUCACAUAUUCAUUCAUAAUGAAACGUCUUCCUCUCUUCUACACGCUCUUUCUUAUUAUCCCAUGUCUCGGACUUUCGUUCCUCACUGUGCUGGUUUUUUACCUCCCCUCUGAUGAAGGAGAAAAGCUUUCCCUUUCCACCUCCGUACUUGUGUCUCUCACCGUGUUUCUCCUUGUUAUUGAAGAGAUCAUCCCAUCUUCUUCUAAAGUCAUCCCUUUGAUAGGAGAGUAUCUUCUUUUUAUCAUGAUCUUCGUCACUUUCUCCAUCAUCGUCACUGUCUUCGUCAUCAAUGUCCAUCACCGAUCCUCUGCCACCUACCACCCCAUGGCACCGUGGGUAAAGAGCCUUUUCCUCGAGAGGUUACCCAUACUGCUUUGCAUGAGGGGACAUGCGGAUCACUAUCGAUAUCCAGACAUCGAGCUGCGAAGCCCAGAGCUGAAACGAGGGAUGAAAAAGGGGCAACAGAAGCCUGCUGGAGGAGGAAGAGGAGGGUUAAAGGAAGAUGAGAACCAAGCAUGGAUUGCUUUGUUGGAGAAAGCCACUCGUUCGGUCCACUACAUUUCCAGACACAUCAAAAAGGAACACUUUAUCAGAGAGGUGGUUCAGGACUGGAAGUUUGUGGCUCAGGUGUUGGAUCGGAUCUUCUUAUGGGUCUUUCUUACAGUCUCUGUGCUUGGGACCAUCCUCAUCUUCACUCCAGCUCUGAGGAUGUACAUGAGCACACCUUAAAACGAUUUCAACCCACUACAACGUACUUGCACAACUCCUCAAAUAUAUUACCUUUCCACAAAAUUACAGUAAUCCUUCAAAAAGCCCUCUUCUGACCCAGCCACAUUCGUAAUCCUUUUUAAAUUUAGCUUCUAUAUCUGCCUCCUAAAUCCUACUCGAUACUUUGUGUAAAAAAAACUCAACUCAGUUCAGGAAUUUUCCACUCAGUUAACACAUAAAUAAGUCUGCUUAUGGUAGAUUUUUUUUUUUUGGAGCUGUGUAAUCUGUCUGGUGGGAUCAUGGUUUUAGUAAUAUUACUAAAAAGUGACACGUGUGUAACCACAUUGCUCAUGCCUUUAAACCUCCAAAUUCUGCAUUAUGACUCUAGGGGACGUUAUUGUAUGUCACUAAGGUGUCAUUGAAUGAAGGUGUCAUUGUAUUGUAGUUUUAUGUUUAUUUAAUAUUUAAUUGUACAAAAACAAUCAUAUUAAUCUCUGUAAAUGAAAGCCAGUGUUGUCAGUUGCAUCUGUUUUUGGACGUGUCUCUUCUACUCUGUAUUGCUGAAACAUCACCAAGUUUCUCCAUGGUUCAGAAUAGCUAAGCAUUUGUGACCCUGCAUGUGAAAAUCCAGCUAAAGUCUUUUUUGUAAUUCUAUUUUCUACAUAAAAUCAUUCACAUAUCCUAGAAACUCAUAUCCUACUAAACCAUUCUGUGAAAAAUAUAACCUUGAUAAGGCCAGGCCACAGAUUGAAAUUAAAGUGAAAUCAAUGAUUGAAAUGAAACUUUGUGCUCUUUAUCUCAUAAUGAUUAUAGAUUAGGAUACUUUAUUAGCCUGUAUUUCACAGACAGGGUCAUAUACACUCGCCUAAAGGAUUAUUAGGGAACACCUGUUUUAUUUCUCAUUAAUGCAAUUGUGUAAUCAACCAAUCACAUGGCAGUUGCUUCAAUGCAUUUAGGGGUGUGGUCCUGGUCAAGACAAUCUCCUGAACUCCAAACUGAAUGUCAGAAUGGGAAAGAAAUGUGAUUUAAGCAAUUUUGAGAGUGGCAUGGUUGUUGGUUCCAGACGAGAGCAACUUUGACUGAAAUAACCACUCGUUACAACUGAGGUAUGCAGCAAAGCAUUUGUGAAGCCACAACACACACAAUCUUGGGGGCGGAUGGGCUACAACAGAAGAAGACCCCACCGGGUACCACUCAUCUCCACUACAAAUAGGAAAAAGAGGCUACAAUUUGCACAAGCUCAUCAAAAUUGGACAGUUGAAGACUGGAAAAAAUGUUGCCUGGUCUGAUGAGUUUCUGUUGCGACACUAAGAUGGUAGAUUCAGAAUUUUGGCGUAAACAGAAUGAGAAAAUGGAUUCAUCAUGCCUUGUUACCACUGUGCAGGCUGGUGGUGGUGGGGUAAUGGUGUGGGGGAUGUUUUCUUGGCACACUUUAGGCCUCUUUGUGCCAAUUGGGCAUCGUUUAAAUGCCACAGCCUACCUGAGCAUUGUUUUUGACCAUGUCCAUCCCUUUAUGACCACCAUGUACCCAUCCUCUGAUGGCUACUUCCAGCUGGAUAAUGCACCAUGUCACAAAGCUCUAAUCAUUUCACAUUGGUUUCUUGAACAUAACAAUGAGUUCACUGUACUAAAAUGGCCCCCACAGUCACCUGAUCAAAUCCCAAUAGAGCAUCUUUGGGAUGUGGUGGAACAGGAGUUUGUGUCUGACUUC